AUGAACUUGCUCUCGCUCAUCAUUGAUUAUGGCGCGCCCAUUUUUCUCAUCACCUCCCCCCUGACAUCCUAUGCCGACCAGAUCAUCAGCAUCCAUCGCUCGAGGACCUCUGCCGGAUUCUCCCUGGACAUUCCGCUGAUCAUGCUGGUCGCAUCGAUUUUGAAGGUCUUCUACUGGUUCGGCGAAUACUACUCGAAGGCAUUGUUGGGACAGGCUCUGGUCAUGAUCCUGGUACAGAUGGGUCUUCUCAAGGUCGCGCUGGAUAACCGGCCUUCUCCCAGUGCGAGGAACGAGGUUGAACACACGCCCUUCAACGGCACCGGUGGCUCCGACAGUGGACCCACGAGGCCUUACGAUUUCUGGCAGUGGAAGAACACCAAGCCAUAUUGGCUGUUUCUGGCCUACUUCACCGUCUUUCUCGCUAUAAUCCACCUGACCCCGAUCUCCGACUCAGACUUCUACAUCAAUCUCCUGGGUUAUAUCGGGCUUGCUGUGGAGGCCACCCUCCCUGUGCCGCAGAUUUUGGCCAACCACCGGUCCGGCUCGUGCAAGGGCUUCCGGCUCUCUGUUCUUGGCGCCUGGGUCAUUGGUGAUACGAUGAAAAUCACCUACUUCUUCGCCAGCAAGGAGGCCAUCCCUUGGGCGUUCAAACUGUGCGGUAUUUUCCAGUGCGCGUGCGACUUCUACUUGGCGGUCCAGUUUUGGAUGUACACCCGUGGCAGCCAUCGCCCUGCGAGUCCCACCCCCAGCAGCUCGGACGAGCAAGAAGACCGAUGGGGCCAGGAGGCUAAAGAUAUCCGGAUGACUUGA